AUGACCUCUCGCCAAGGCACUGCCGGCAGCGCAUCCAGGUCAACGAGUUUUCCGAAGAAAAGCAUCCUCGCCGGAACGCGGCUAAAGUUUUUCGGUCCAACGCUCGACGAAUCGUUGCUGUACGGGAUUGAUCGCUUGAUUGAUUCGUUGUGGCAAUCAGCAACCACCACAGCGCGUCAUUCUUUCGAAUCGGAUGAGCAAAACUUAAGUCUCUAUCAAUCGUGCGAAACACUACCGAUCGAAACGGAUCUAGCCGGAAUCACAACGGAACACAGCCCGCAAUCUAAAUCACUCUUUCCGAAGCUCUCGCAAGAUGAAAUGGACUACCUCUUGAACGCCAUCGAACAGUCCAGGCGGAAAUCAACAUCGAACCGUAGAACCAAGGAUACCAAACCGACCGCGACCCGCGAUGCAUCAACGCAACCACAGCUACGCCAAACGCGCUGGGCCGUAGCGCGGAUAAACGAGUACGAUGAUGGAGCGAAAACUUACGAAAUUAUAAAAUCGCUCGAUGAAAAACGACUCCCCCGGGAUGCCAUUCCGACGGGUACGGAAAUCGUGUUUGCGGUGCUGAAAAAUGGAGCAUCGCUUUGCGAUCGAGGGAAAGAUCUUCGCGCGGCGUGCCGAUCUGGUCGGGUCUGCGAUACGAUACUUGAUCCAUUCCUUCGCCACCUCCGUCCAUCAGUUCCCCCUUUGGGGCUCCCAACAAAUCUCACCGAUUGAUCGUUAUGGUCCGAGCGCGAAUCAAUUCACAUCGUGAUCGCGCCCGUGUCCGUGAGUGUGUGUUGUGAUUCAGGCGUGAUUCAUCCCAUUCAGUGACUCGUGGUGACAACACACGGUGACCAAAAAGGGGGGGGGGUGAGCUUGCCCCUAACCAUCCUCCCCCCGGGUGACUUAUGUACGGCGAUCGGACCGGAGUCUUAAUUAAACUCAAUAACCCUCUCUCUUUCGCUCGCUCGCUCGGGGGGUGUGACGACGCCAAAAGCUUCGAUGACUCACCCUUCACUGCUGGCUGGGCGGCUAGCAUGGGGAGCUUUGCUUUGCGGGGCGAAAUCGGAUACUACUACGCCGGCAAGUGUGACGAACAGCGGGUUAGCCCAUAAUUAACACCACCAUUCAGGAUCGAUUCGUGUCGCCCUGAUCGGUGGUUUCGGUGACAUCAAGUCACCAAACCAAAGGCGCAUAAGUCGCUGCUGCUGCUGCUGCUGCUGCUGCUUCGGUUGCGGCUUGUUCCAAUCAUAACUAAUUUAUGCACCGCAACCAGCAGCAGCCAGCCAGCCAGCCAGCCAACCAGCCAGAGCACAGAUUAGCUCAUCGGUGGGCACCUUCAGACCAUCGAGGCCCGAGCAGGGACCCCCGCUUGGCUGGACACGACGCGAGCCACGGCUCGAGAGUGCGACGAUGCCAGAUGACAUCACGAGCGCGAUCGCGAUCGUGAUCUCUAUUGGCGAUCUCUUUUACCCCCAGGUGUCCGGCUUCAGGGUGUCAAUGGUGCACUCCGAGUCGCACUAACGGAGUGUGUGCGGAGUAGAGAGGAAUGUCGCAUCCUCGGUUUGCUGGAUAA